AUGACGACGACGACUCUUUUUCUUCGGUUUUUCUUGCUGUUCUUUCUCUUUUUCGCUUUUGGGGUUGGUUCUUUUUCUUUCGCAUCAGCGAAUGCGAAUUCCGGGAAAGAAUCGGACAACAAAUAUUUGUCCGAAUUGCGCUCGAAAUUACAGAUCGAACCGAUCACGCCGCACAUCGACGCGCUGUCGAAAUUCUCGAGCAGUGAGGACGAACUCAAAGGCGUGACGAGGCUGGUGUACUCGAAAGAAGACUUGGAAGCGAGAGCGUACGUGAAAAACUUGAUGAAGAAGAAUGGGUUGAAGGUCAGAGAAGACGCCAUGGGGAGCAUUUUUGGCCGCUUGGAAGGGGUUGAAAAAUCGCAGAAAGGAGGAGGCCACGUGGUCGGGUCUGGGUCGCACACGGACGCGAUUCCUUUGAGUGGGAAGUACGACGGAGUGUACGGGGUAUUAGGCGCGAUUGAAGCGUUGGGAGCUUUGAAACGGGCCAAGUUUCAACCGAGGCGACAUCUCGAAGCGGUUAUGUUCAACAGCGAAGAGCCGAGCAGGUUCGGGAUGGCGUGUUCUGGGUCGAGAGCGAUGGGUGGGGUUUUAGACGCGGAGAAAUUGGAAACUUUACCGGACGUGUUGAACGCGUCGACGUCGUUUUUUGAUGCCGCGACGCAAGCUGGGUACGGGAGCAAAUGGCGAGGAGAGAAGAAUGAGAGAGCGCGCACGGCGAAGGAGAUGGUUGAGCAAUGUUCGUUGAUGCCGAUGGAUUCGCACUAUUAUUCGUUCGUGGAGCUACACAUUGAACAAGGCCCAGAGUUGGAACACGAAAAUUUGGAUAUUGGAGUAGUUACGGCUAUUGCCGCGCCGGCAGCGUUGGAGAUAACGUUUGAAGGCGACGGAGGGCACGCGGGAGCGCAGUUGAUGCACCUGAGGAACGACGCGGUCGUCGCUGGGUCUAAGUUGGCCGUGGCCGUGGAGGAAUUCGCGAAACAUUCUGGGAGCGUGGAUACGGUUGCUACAGUCGGCGGGUUCACGGUGAAACCAAACGCGAUUAACUCGGUCCCGCGAAGCGCGGUUUUGGAGAUUGACGUGAGAGAUAUAGAUUUGAAACGCCGAGAUCUCGUGGUGGAGCAGAUUAUAUCCACGGCCAAUAAAGUCGCCUCGGAACAAAGAGUGAGAGUAAACGUACGCAUGAUCAACAAAGACGAUCCUGCCACGUCUGGCGACAGCGCAAUGAGCGCGGCAGAACUCGCCGCGUCGCACUUGGGACAUACCCAAAAGCGCAUGGUCUCGAGAGCCUACCACGACACGUUAUUCAUCGCCAAAGCGUGUUCAAACGUUGGAAUGAUUUUCAUCCCGUGCUUCAAAGGCUACUCGCACCGCCCGGACGAGCAUUCCACGGAAGAUCAAAUGCGUAAAGGCGUCGAGACGUUAGCGCUGACGAUGGCAAAACUUUCGAGAGAGAGGCCGAUCGUCGAAGACCACGAGGACGUGAACCAGGAACACGUGAAGCUUCCUUUUUUCAUUUCGGAGGACGACGAAGAGAACAACAACGCAAAAACAGACCCGCCAGAACCGAACGACGAGUUGUGA